UCCUUACUGCCCUGCAGGUGUUCCUGCUUGUGACCAAGAGAAAGAGGACAUAAAAUCUUUAAAUCCCAGCAGCAGGUCUGAGGGUCUGUGUUCACAGAUCUCUCAAGGCAAGAAAAAGAGAAGGAAACUAUCCCAAACCGUCUCUGGGAAUCACUACAUCAUGCAAAAAUCCUGCAAAGAAAAUGAAGGAACGCCCAAGUGCAAUAUGCCAAAGAGACAGGAAGAGCACUCCUAUGGAGAGUUCUAACGCCAGCAAACAGAAGGGAAUUUUAGGCAAAGGCUGCUUCAGUCUCUCGAGGAAUUUAAAGAGGACAUAGACUUUAAGCAUUUUAAGGAUGAAGAAAGGACAAGAGAGGGAGAUGGGAUGGAAAGGCAUUUGGAAGAGAUAAGGGGUCUGAGAAAGAAAUUUAGGGCUUUGCUUUCUAACCAUAGGCAUUCUCGGGACCAUCCAUAUCCCAUUUAAUGCACUUCUCCCCUGAAUUCAACUAUUUUCUGUUAUUAAUAUUGCAGCAUUGGUUCCUUUUGUCUGCGUUUUCUUGUGAAAUAUUUGCUACUAUUUUAUUCCAAUCCUUCAAUGUUUUACGUGUGACUCUUGUUACCAUCAUUUCAUCUUUUGACCUGAUCUCACUCAUUUAAUAGAGUUGUUUCAUUUGUUUGCAUGUGAAGAUGCUCAUUGCAUAUUGUAAAGUGAAAAUAAUAUGUUGAAAAAAUUAUAUCUAUAAAUAUACCUAUCUAUGUAUGUCUUAUAUGUACAUUUAUAUAUGUCAUAAUACCAAAAAAGUCUGAAUUAUUAUGUAACAAAAGGUUAACAGUGAUUUGCUGUUAUCUGCAUUUUAUUUUAUUUUCUUACUUAUCUGCAUCUUCUCAUUUUCCAAAAAUGAAUUAUAUGUAUGUGUGUGUGUAUGUGUGGAUUACUUGUGUCACAAAAAACUAAAACAGACAUGAUAAAAUAAAUUGUCAAUCACCUUUGAAGGGCAAUGAAACAACAAACUCCUAAUAACAGAACUUGGAGUAGGAAAUGGCAACCCACUCCAGGAUUCUUGCCUGGAGAAUCCCAUGGACAGAGGAGCCUGGUGAGCAAAGAGUCCGUACAUGACUGAAGUGACUUAGCACAUGUGCACACAGUAUAUAUGUAUGUAUACUUAAGCAUUAUUUAUUAACUGGACUUUGCAUUUUGCAUUUUCAAGUAAAGGUAAUUAUAUUUCAUUAUAUUUCUAUUGAUUACUGCUGUGACUUAUGCAUACUGGGUACUUAAAAAAUGUUUACUUAAUUAGAAUUAUAGUGUUCUUGGCCUAGUUUUUUGCAGCCCAAAAAAUAAAGUCUGACACUGUUUCCACUGUUUCCCCAUCUAUUUCCCAUGAAGUGAUGGGACCAG